AUGAUACGGGCAGUGAAGGUGAAGAGUAAUUUGAUUGCUCCGUCUGUAACUAAGGGAAGGCAGGGUGACCAGAAGGCAGAGCGGAUCGAAGCAAGUGUGCAGCUGCGUGGGGUCGGGAGCGGUGACCUCGGCGCAUCUGCCGCGCCGCCUGGCCCCGCUCGCACGCACUUAACGUUCGCGGACGCGCUUCUAGAGCGCAGAAACCCCACGUGUGAUGCCGCU